AUGCGACAAGUCUUUCUUCCAAUGACUUAUGUCUACUCUAAACGGUUUAGCCACCCAGCCGACUCUCUUACCCGGGAAAUACGGGAAGAAAUAUAUACCCAAUCCUACGAUUCUAUUAAUUUCGCCUCUUACAGGGGUUGCAUUGCUGAUGCCGACAACUAUCACCCAAAAUCUGCGCUUUUGAAGAUUCUCUUCUGGAUCCUUGCUAACAUAUGGGUCUACCUGCGCUGGCCAGGCCUUGUCAAGGCAGCAGAGGCCAGAGUUUGGCACCUGAUUCAACGGGAGGACGAGAACACCGAUUAUGCAUGUCUUGGACCUGUCAACGCUCCCAUGAAUACCCUCUGUUGUUACAUCCACGAUGGGCCCCAGAGCAAGUCUUUCAGUUGCCACCUGGAACGUUUACACGACUUCCUCUGGAUGAAAGACGAGGGGAUGUUAAUGAACGGCACAAACGGUGUUCAGCUCUGGGACACUGCUUUUGUGAUUCAGGCCGUAGUUGUUGCAGGUCUUGCGGAGGAUCCUAAAUGGAAGCCAAUGUUGGUAAAGGCUCUUGAAUUCGUUGAGGACCAUCAGAUGCUUGAAACCAUUCGCGAGGAAAAGGACUGCUAUCGGUUUGAGACCAAGGGAGGAUGGCCCUUCAGUACUAAGACUCAGGGAUACACCGUUAGUGACUGCACCGCAGAAGGUUUACGGUCUGCUCUUCAGCUGCAAAAACAACUUGGCUACCCAGCCCUCAUAUCUGACGAACGACUCAAGUACGCUGUGGAUACUCUCCUCAAAAUGCCUAACCCAAGUGGUGGGUUCCCGGAGUAUGAACCUGCCAGGGCCUCGGAAUACGUCGAGAUGCUCAAUGCUGCGGAAGUAUUCGGCGGUAUAAUGAUUGGAUACACUUUCCCCGAAUGUACCACUGCGGUCGUCACGGCAUUGUCCUACUUUAGCAAGUUCUUCCCGGGCUAUAGAACAGAAGAUAUCAAGAAAGUCCGUGAAGCUGCUAUAGACUAUAUUCGACGUGUACAACGCCCUGACGGCAGUUGGUAUGGAAGCUGGGGUAUUUGCUUCACAUACGCCGCCAUGUUCAGCCUGGAAAGUUUGGCUACUGUGGGUGAAACUUACGCUACUAGUGAAAGAUCCCGUCGCGGCUGUGAGUUCCUUCUGUCCAAGCAGAUGGAGGACGGCGGUUGGGGUGAAUCGUACCUCAGCUGCUCGAAGAAAGUCUAUCACCAUUACCAUACCUCUCAGGUCGUCCAGACGUCCUGGGCCUGUCUUGCGUUGAUGGAAGCAGAUUACCCCCACAAAGAGCCGUUGCAACGUGCUAUGAAACUUCUCAUGUCUCGACAGCAGCCGAAUGGCGAAUGGUUGCAGGAUGGCAUUGAAGGAGUUUUCAAUAUGUCCUGGUCAGUCCCUAAUACUUUCUGUCUUCACUGUUUAUACAUUACUGACAUAUAUCAGCAUGAUCACAUAUCCUAA